UUUGAUUUGUCUCUGAUAUUUGUCUGCUGUGGGUUCGUUGUCAGUGACACUAAUGAAGUGGACAUCCCUCCCAACACACGGGUCGGCACCAAACGCUACAUGCCUCCAGAGGUGCUGGACGAGAGCCUGAACAGCUGCCAUUUCCAGUCCUACAUCAUGGCAGACAUGUACAGCUUCGGCCUGAUCCUGUGGGAGAUGGCCAGGAGAUGUGUGUCCGGCGGGAUGGUGGAGGAGUAUCUGCUGCCGUAUCACGAGCUGGUCCCGACCGACCCGUCCUACGAGGACAUGAGGGAGGUGGUGUGUGUCAAGAGACAGAGACCCUCGUUCCCCAACCGCUGGAGCAGCGACGAGUGUCUGCGGCAGAUGGGCAAACUGAUGACCGAGUGCUGGGCUCACAAUCCUGCGUCCCGUCUGACCGCCCUGCGGGUGAAGAAGACGCUCGCCAAGAUGUCCGAGUCUCAGGACAUCAAACUGUGAGACGAGCGUCGCUCCGUCCGGAGGGCUUUAUCCUGCUUUCUGUGAAAGUUUAUUCAAGCCGCUCACCGGACAGAGAAACACCGCCCCCUGCAGGACACCACGGGUCACACUCCUUCAGAUAGACACUGAACACCCAUGCAACUCACUCUCAAGAAAGCAGACAAACCACUCAAAUGUAUUUUCCAACUCACACAACAUUACAAAUGAAGCUUUUUCCUUCACGGUUUCCAGAAGAAUUCGUCCAGUCGUUUCCUCACUCCUCGUAUGAAUAAAAAUGAAUGUACAUAUUGAAUGGCAUGAGUUAAAGAGAAACGUUUUGGUGCGUUACAUCAAUGUUUGUACAGGAUGUUUUCUUUCAUGUUACCUUGUGCCUUAUUUAACACACAUGUAAAAGUCUAAUAUUUCCUAGUUCUAUGUAAAUGCAGUGAUAAAUAGUGUUUAACAUUCCCGUCCCUUUAAUAAAAUGAAGGUCUGACA